AUGCUGAAGGGGUUGACCCUGCAGCGGCAGAAGCAGAUUAUGAAGCCCGUCCUCACCAAGAUCGACACGGCGUUCGCUCCAGGCAAAAUGUGCCUCGUCCUCGGCCCCCCGCACAGCGGCAAGUCAAGCAUGCUCAAGUCUAUCGCCGACAUCCUCGACUCGAGCCUCGACCUCAGCGGAAGCGUGAGCUUCAACGGUGUCCAUCCCGCUCGUUGCAUUCUGCCGCGGAUAGUCUCGUACACCCCCCAGGUGGACAACCACACGGCAGUGCUGACAGUGAGGGAGACGCUUGACUUUGCCUUCGACUGCACCUGCUCCAAGUUCGUGCACGAGGUCGCCAAGAAGAACGGGCUGAACCUGUUGGAAGCGAAGCACAUGGGAAUCAACCCAAGGAACCGGGUCGACGUCGUGCUGCACUACUUGGGUCUCGAGCACUGCAAGGACACAGUGGCGGGCGAUGGGACCUUGAGGGGGCUGUCAGGAGGAGAGAAGAAGCGACUGACGAUAGCAGAAAAGCUGGUGGGAACUCCCAUGGUCCACUGCAUGGACGAGAUCACCACUGGGCUGGACUCGUCGGCAGCCUUCGACAUCAUCGAGACGAUCCGCAACUACUGUCAGAUCUUCAACAACACCACCAUCAUCUCCCUCCUCCAGCCCACUCCGGAUGUUGUCAACCUCUUCGAUGAGGUGCUGGUGCUGGGGGAGGAAGGGACGCUGGUGUACCACGGGCCCGUGGCUGAAGCUCGAGGCUACUUCAACGACGUGCUCGGCUUCUCCUGCCCGGCCUCCGUCCCGCUCGCAGACUUCCUGGUGUUUGCGUGCACCGAUGAGGCGAGGAACUUCUGGGACGACAGCAAGGAGAACGAGCCGCCGACCUGCAGGGAGAUGAGCGACAAGUGGAAGAGAUCGAAGCUGAACCACACCUACAUCCUUCCUCGCUUCCAGCUGGCCGCCGAGGCUGGGCGGGACCCGCAAAACAACCCAGUGAACAUGAAGCCCUGGACUGAUGUGUACGGGGCUUCCUUUUCUACCUUGCUGCGGGCGACAUUGACCAGGGCGGUCAAGGUGAAGCUCAAGAACGUGGUGCUGCUGAGAGGAAUCUUCAUCCAGAGGGUCGUGCAGUCUGUACUGAUCGGGACUAUCUUCUGGCAGACGUCCAACGCAGGGCUCAAGAUCUCGAUGCUCUUCAUGCUGGCGUCGAUCCUCUCCAUGAGCAACAUGUACAUUGUCGACGUGACGGCGGCGAAGAGAGGAGUGUUCUACAAGCACAAGGACUCGGGCUACUUCCCGACAUGGUUGUACACGACCUCCGAGUUCAUCGUGGACUUGCCCGUCCAGGUGUUGGAAGUGAUCAUCAUAGGACUCAUCACUUUCUUCUUCAUCGGGUUCGAACACUCUACCUUCCCCAUCUUCUUCGUCGGCCUCCUCCUCGUCUGCCUCGCCUUCACCAACGUGUUCAAGGCCAUCACCGCCCACACCCGCUCCUCCGCCGGCUCUCACGGCAUGGCGAUCGGCUUCGCGGCACUGUGCAUGUGCUUCUCAGGGUACAUGGUGACCAAGUCGACUAUCCCCGACUUCUUCAUCUGGAUCUACUGGAUCGUCCCGACCCCCUGGAUCCUCAAGAUCCUGGCCCUCAACGAGUUCAAGUCUCCCGGCAAGGACGGAUACUACGACCAGAUCGCUCCGGGGACGAGCACGAGGCGGGGAGACGUCUUUCUGACGUCCUUCUCCAUCCCUACCGAGUCCUACUGGAUCUGGGUGGGCUGCAUCUACAUCAUCGCCCUCGUCGUCGUCUCGCAGAUCGUCUACACCCUCGGCCUCCACUACCGCAGGCUCGAGGACGUGAAGCCCUCGGUGGUCAACCAGAGGAGUCGCCCGCACGAGGCGAGGCCCGGCAAGGCCGAGCUCGACUCGGAGAUGCGGCUAAACCUGAGGGGAGGGCAGCAGCACAGCAGCAACUCGGGCGCCUUCGCUGUCCUUGAGGGCGUCAGGCACAGGCCUCCCGUUGUCACCGUCCUGCUCAAGAACCUCGGGUACUCGGUGGAGGUAGAGCAGAGCACGGAAGCAGGGAAGGUGAAGCAGACGAAGCAGCUGAUCAACCAGGUCAACGCUGUGUUCGAGGCUGGGAAGAUCACGGCGCUCAUGGGAGCGUCGGGCGCGGGCAAGACGACGCUCAUGGAUGUGAUAGCAGGGAGGAAAACGUACGGGAGCAUCACGGGAGAGAUCCUCAUCAACGGCUACCCCCAGGACCUCAAGACGUUCGCCCGUAUCAGCGGCUACGUCGAGCAGACUGAUAUCCAUCUCCCUGCUCAGACUGUGCUGGAGGCCCUUCGAUUCUCUGCAGUGCAUCGGCUGCCUCGGGAGAUGACGUGCAGGGAGCGGGAGGACGUCGUGCAGGCGGUGGUGGACCUGGUGGAGCUACACCCCAUCCUCAACAAGAUGAUCGGAGUAGCAGGAGCAGGACUGUCAGUGGAGCAGAUGAAGAGGGUAACGAUAGCCGUGGAGAUGGCAGCCAACCCCAGCGUCCUCUUCCUCGACGAGCCCACGUCCGGCCUCGACACCCGCGCUGCUCGGGUGGUGAUCCGGGUGAUCAGAAGGAUAGCAGCAGCAGGAAGGACGGUGAUCUGCACGGUCCACCAGCCAUCGCAGGAGAUCUUUUCCAUGUUCGACAACCUGCUGCUGCUCAAGAAGGGAGGAUGGGUCGUCUACAACGGGGACAUGGGCCCUGAGGAGCCCAACGGGCUGGACGGGCACGCCUACCACACGUCGGGGAACAUGAUCCGAUACUUUGAAGCGAUCUCGCCGGUCAAGUGCGAGGCAGGGGACAACCCGGCAGAGUACAUGCUAGACGUAAUCGGUGCUGGGAUCAACAACGAUGGGCCGCACGAGGAGAUCGACUUUGCGGCUCACUACCAGCAGUCGGAGAUGGAGAGGAGAGUGCUGGAGAAGAUCGAGAACCUGGUGCCGGGGCAGGAGAUCAAGUUCGAGCACACGUUUGCUGCUCCUCUGUCGAAGCAGCUCUACUUCUCCGCGAGGCGCUGGAUCGCGUGCUACUGGAGGACGGUAGGAUACAACUUCAACAGGAUCCUCGUCGUCACCAUCAUCGCCUUCCUCUUCUCCCUCAACAUCACCCACCUCGACCUCGGCAAGGUGUCAACCCAGUCAGACCUGCAGUCCUACAACGGUAUCCUCUUCGCCGGUGUCUUCUUCACCUGCGCCGUCCAGACCGGCAUGGCAGUUGCGAUCAUAGGAGACUCGAAGCUUGUGAUGUACAAGGAGCUGGCCGCAGGCAUGUACAGCCCCUUGAGCUUCAUCUUCGGCCUCACCGUCGCCGAGAUCCCCUGGCUAGUCGCCAUCGUCUUCCUCCACACCACCGUCUUCUACCCGCUGGCGGGGCUCUGGCCGAGCGCCUACUACAUCGCACUCUACUGCAUCUCGCUCUUCCUCUUCGCCACCACCUUCUGCUUCUGGGGGCAGAUGCUCGCCGCUCUCCUCCCCAACACUCAGACGGCCUCGCUGGUGGCAGGGCCGACGGUGGGGAUCAUGGUUCUCUUCUGCGGCUUCUUCAUGCCUGUCUCCGUCAUCCCCUGGCCCUGGAAGCUCUUCUACUACGUCUUCCCAGCUCGCUACGGCCUCAAGGCCAUCAUCCCCCGCCAGUUCUACUGCAGCUUGAGCUGCAUCGCCGAACGCCAGGACCCUUCCCAGCUCAUCUUCUGCAACAGCCCGGGGAUGACAGUGUGGGACUACUGGAGCAUCACGACCCAGUCCAACGUCGACGACAGCAACUUCUUCAUGCUCAUCCUCAUCGUCUUCAUCGUCGGCUUCAGAACCAUCACUUUCCUUGCGCUGAAGCACCUCAAGCACAUUAAGCGAUGA